AUGGCGAAUUCCCACAUAGCAAAGUUCAUCACAGAGGUAGCACCGCCACGGUACGUUAGUAUCAUGAGGCGCAGAGCAUCAUCCAAGAUGCUGGAUACCAUCACCGAAGAGGAUAGAGAUUUCACCAUUGACGCCAACAGCUUCGACGCUUUCUCUUCCGAUGAUUCCCUCACUUUCGUUGAUUCCUCUCCUUCGUUUGCUGCUGCUAAAUCCGAAUACUUGCUCAUCGGGAUCCAAAGAACUCUUGUUUGUGUCUGA